UGGUGGCACUUUUCACUUUGAUUUUUUUCGGGCGGCAUGGUCACGUGCCGGACGAUGCGAGUCAUAGUGGUGGUGCUUGCUGCGGUGGUCGGUGUGGUGUAUGGCGCGCAUUGCCAUGGGCAGCCAAACCCCAACGCGCCACAGAACUUGCUGCCGGUCAACACAGGCGAGCCAGAGCUGGUGGCGACGCAUGCCAACGGCAAGCUGUUCCGGGCAGGGACGAGCGAGGGCUCGUUCUACGUCCUCCAUCUGUGGGGCACGCCGUACGAGUGUGGGGUGGCGCAGGGCACACUCCUCAAGGACGAGGUCAAGGCCUUUGUCAACGGAGUGUACGCGUACAUCGAGGACCAGAUCGACCUCGCCCUCAACUCGACCAAGCCCGGGCACUACGUCCCGCACUGGCUCCUCAACGACAUUGCUGAGUUUGGCAUCGACGCGGCGCUCGAUCUGGAGAUCGCUGCGACGCGCCCAUGGACUCCGGCGUACUUUCUGGAGGAGAUCAAGGGCCUCGCCGACGCGACCGGGCUCUCGUACCUCGCCAUCGAGCGGGUCCACCUGCUCGGUGAGCUUACCAAGGGCGGAUGCUCGCUGCUCUCGGCAUACGACUCGGCCAUUACUAGCGAGUACUCGCUGCUCGGCGUCCGUGCGCUUGACUGGAACACCGACGCCGUGUUUGUGGACCACGCGCAAGUCACGGUCUACCACCCGUCGGGCGACUGGGGCAAGCAGGGACCCGGGCACGCCUUUGCCAACGUAGGCUUCUCCGGCUUUAUCGGCUCGUUCAACGGCGUCUCGGCAGCCAACACGUACUCGCAGGAGAUCGGCGUGACGUUUCCUGACGAGACGUUUGGCAAGGAGUCGCGGUUCGGCAUCCCGUUCACGUAUCUCCUCCGCGACCUCAUCCAGUUUGACGAGACCAUCGAGCAGGCCGAGACCCGGGUGCGUGACGCCAAGCGGACAUGCGAUCUCAUCCUCGGCUUUGGCCACCUCGGCGACUCUGACGGCGAGCCGUUCCGCGCCAUCCAGUACUCGGCCUCGGUCGCCAACUUUUUCAACUCGACCACGCUCAUGCCGCUCACCUCGUGGCAUCCGCGCAUGGAAGACCUCGUGUACUACGAGGGCGACUGGCUCUGCGAGCAGGGCGACGUCGUCAUGCAUCGCCAGCUCGCCUACGCUCAUGGCGAACUGAGCCCCGAGCUCGUCAUCAAGAACAUCACCUCGGUUGUCGCCACCGGAGACACCUUCACCUCGGUCUACGGCUUCCGCCACGAUGGCCAGCACGCACUCUACCAGGCGUUUGCCCGCUCGUCGUCCGAGUCCGGGCCAGACCCCGCGUACCUGCGCCAGUUCACCAAGCUCGAUCUCGCUGACCUCUGGGCCGAGGCCAAGCCCACGCUGUAGCCUCUCACAGUACAGGUCACUUGCUUUUU